AUGCCACUUUCUUGGGUCAGUCCUGGCGUGGCCUACCUCACUCGGGGUUUGCUUUCUAUCAUUUUCCCAGUCGCUUCCUCCGUCAUUAUCAUAGUGCGUCUGGCCUCUCUGCAGGGCUUUCGAGUCUCCCCAUGGCAUUUGUCUGUGGUGGUUUUGAGUGCAGCGCCUCUAGGGUUUGCAGCUUUUGUUCUUGCGGAUGAGAUGUUGCAGCGACGAAAGGCCGGUCGACUCGGUGCCAGACUCAUUCCCCGCGUCCGGGGCAAAUGGCCUGGAAAUCUGGAUAAGGUAGUGAACAUAAUUCUGAGGUCCGAGAACGAAUAUCUUGGACGACCUAUGCUGGACGAGAUCGAGGAACUUGGGCCGACUGUUAAUUUUCGGCUUUUUUGGGAGGACGACAUCCUGACCACGGAGCCCCAACACAUAAAGGCCAUUCUUGCAACUGAUUUUGAUAACUACGUCAAAGGUGCAAAGUUCAGAAGAGCAGCUGACUCCGUCCUUGGAACAGGCGUAUUUAACUCGGAUGGUGAAACAUGGAAGCUUCACCGAACCAUGACACGGCCUUUCUUCACUCAUGAUCGGAUCAGUCAUUUUGAUAUCUUUGACCGUCAUGCAGAUCAUGCUAUCGCUUUGGCGAAGAAACGUUUCAGAGUGGGCUUGGCAAUUGACUUCCAAGAUCUCAUCUCCAGAUUUACGCUUGACUCUGCAUCGGAGUUCCUAUUUGGACACUGUAUUGGUUCACUCUCUGCCGAACUCCCUUUCCCCUGUAAUACGACAGAAUCUACAAAUUCUACUCAAGAAAAUAACGCCGCCGCGGCCUUCGCAGAUGCUUUCUCUCGAGCUCAGCAGGCAAUUUGUCGUCGCAUCAUUAUCGGGCCGACCUGGCCACUUACUGAGAUUCUUGCUGACAGCACCACACAGCAUAUGAAAGUGGUAAACGAAUUUUUAGAUCCAAUCCUCGAAGAUGCUCUGCAGAAGCAUAGCACGGCUGCCAACCUAGACACAAAUGAAAAUGCGGAUGACCAAACGCUUGUAGACCAUCUCGUAAAUCUGACGUCUGACUUCAAGAUCAUCAAAGAUGAGGCCUUGAAUAUAUUAAUUGCCGGGAGAGAUACAACAGCCUCAACAUUGACUUCGGCUAUUUACUUACUUGCAAUGCAUCCAGAGAUCCUCACUCGGCUUAGGGAGGAAAUCAUAUCGAAAGUUGGGCUGACUCGCAUGCCCACAUAUGAUGAUAUCAAAGGGAUCAAGUUCAUCCAGGCCGUUCUCAAUGAAACAAUGCGCCUUUUUCCUGCUGUCCCCUUUGAUGUGAGGGAAACCAUACAUGACACCACAUGGACAUCCCCGGAACCUGGGAAGAAGCCACUGUUUGUCCCGGGGGGAGUCGUGAUCAACUAUUCAGUGUUUCUUAUGCACAGGAGAACAGAUCUAUGGGGUCCAGAUGCGUUGGAGUUCGAUCCGGAUAGAUGGCUCGACGAGCGCGUACAGAAAUACCUGAUUCCAAAUCCCUUCAUUUUCCUCCCGUUUAACGCGGGACCAAGAAUCUGCUUGGGGCAACAAUUUGCCUACAACGAAAUGUCGUUCAUGCUCAUUCGUUUGCUGCAAAACUUUUCCACCAUUACACUGUCCCCUGAGCCCGCAAUGUGCCCACCUGCGUGGUGGGCCGAGAAAGAUGGUCGGCAGGCAAUCGAGCGAUUCAGGCCAAGAAACCACUUGACACUUUACGCCAAGGCAAGUCUCACUCUGGUAUACUUUCCAGCCAUCUAA